UCAAGCCUGAAGGAGCAGAUACCCAAAGAGUCAGCUCAGGCUUCAGCGAGCUCCCACACAAGUACAUCACAACUAUUUUAUUCAGGACUUCUUUUUUUGUGCUUCAGGAGGAGUUUUUCCACUCAGCUUCAGCUCAUUUGUGGGAUAACUUCUGGAUUAACUGGCAUCUCACUUACAGAAGAAAUGGCCCUGCGACAGAACUCGGAUAAAGAACCAAUCAUUGAGCUCUUCAUAAAGGCUGGCCAUGAUGGAGAGAACGUGGGGAACUGCCCGUUCUGUCAAAGUCUUUUCAUGGUGCUGUGGCUGAAAGGAGUCAAAUUCACAGUGACCACAGUGGACAUGAGGAAGAAGCCUGAGGAGCUGAAAGAUUUAGCCCCAGGGACAAACCCUCCUUUCCUCCUAUACAAUGGGGCCCUGAAAACUGACUUCAUUAAGAUCGAAGAGUUCCUGGAGACAACCCUCGCCCCACCCAGAUACCCUCACCUCAGUCCACUCAACAAGGAGUCGUUUGAUGUGGGUGCUGACAUUUUUGCCAAGUUUUCUGCUUUCAUCAAGAACAGUCCAAACAACAGCAUACAAGAGCAGGCUUUGCUGAGGGAGUUUAAACGUCUGGACAUCUAUCUGAACACGCCGCUCCCAGAAGAGAUUGACCACAACUCCAGAGAAAACAUUACUGUCUCUGAGAGAAAGUAUCUCGACGGCAACCGCCUGACGCUGGCAGACUGCAACUUGCUGCCCAAACUGCAUGUGAUCAAGGUUGCAGCCAAAAAGUACUGUCACUUUGACAUUCCUGCCCACUUCACUGGAGUACAUCGCUACCUGCAGAAUGCUUAUGAGAGAGAGGAGUUCAGCCAGACGUGCCCCGCUGACAUUGAGAUUGAGAAAGCCUAUCUGAGCGUGGCCAACAGGAGAUCAUAGUCAGACACCGAAUGGGAACAUUUCUACAACCUCUAUACACGGGACGCGGAGGAGGCCAUUCAGAUUUAUCUCUGUAAAUACGUAUAAAUCAAAGUGUUUAAAAGAAUACUCCAGCUUUUUUCAACCGUGUCAGGUCAAAUAUCAUUUCAACAUUCCCCAAUACUUAACAACAGGA